UCAGCAUCGCCUUUGCACGAACACGCUCAUCUAUCCAUCCAUCGUCCUAGGAGACCGAUCGAUCAGCAUGUGGACGAUGAGGAAAGUGGCGACGCAGGUGGCCGUCCUCCUGCUGCUGCUCAUCGUCGUUGCACAGGAGGUGGCGGUGCCGUUGGCGGAGGCGCGCGUGUGCCGGCGCCGGAGCGCGGGCUUCAAGGGGCUCUGCAUGUCGGACCACAACUGCGCGCAGGUGUGCUUGCAGGAGGGAUGGGGCGGCGGCAACUGCGACGGCGUCAUGCGACAGUGCAAGUGCAUCAGGCAGUGCUAGCUCCAUCUAUAGCUAGCGGCUCUAAGCUACGCCCUGAUGACGAUCGACGACAUCGCGGACGUCGCUAUAUAUAUAUAUAUAUAUAUAUAUAUAUAUAUAUAUAUAUGUAUACUGUAUCUAGUAGCUACAUGCAAUGUGUAACCUGUAAUAAUAAUGCAUGCAUACAUGCAUGGGUAACAUAGCUAGAAUGUACGCGCCGAUGAUCGAGCUGUGGACGCGGCAUGCAGCACGGUCAUCUAUAUCGUACGUCUUCUGUCGUUCAAGUAUCCUCAAAGCUGCGUCCACCCAUGUGCGUGCCACGCUUUGAUGACGAGGACAAUAAAACAUGCAUGCAGUACUAUGUUUCUAUAUA